AUGUAUGACCCUUGGGUGUUGGGGGGUGACUUCAAUGCUGCGUUGUAUACUACAGAAAGACGCUCUAAUGCUAAACAUGGUAUUUCGAUUGAUAGAGAUUUUUGUAGAUGGUUUGAAGAAUCUUGCAUCUCGGAUCUUGGUUUUGUGGGGCCAUGUUUUACUUGGAAGAGGAGUAACUCCGAAGCCCGGCUAGAUCAUUUUCUUGCUAAUGAUGCUUGGUGCCAACUUUUUCCUAAUGCGAGAGUUUCCCAUCUUUCUUUUUAUAAAUUUGAUCAUCGCCCUAUCCUCCUUCAACUUGAUCAUUGCGCUGAGAGCCCUUGCCGACCGUUCCGCUUCAUUGCAGCAUGGGUUCUGCAUGAAGACUUUAACAGUUUUGUCCUUGAUAAUUGGAAUGAUGGAAUUGGGUGGAGUAAUAAUCUGAACCAUUUUCAACAGCCUAUUGCACUUGGAAUAAGCAGGUAUUUGGGCACGUUGAAGGUAGAAAAAAGAAACUGUUAA